ACGGAGGCGCAUGCGCAACGUCAACCUCUCCGCCAUCGGUUGGGGAAAACAUGGCGGGGCCCAGUUCUGAGGCGAGCGGCCGGCAGUUGCGACCGGGGAAAAGCAACCGGAUCCUCUUGGUGCGACAUUUGCCCGCCGUCUUGACGGCCUCGGAGAAAGAAGAGUUGCUGAGGCACUUCGGGGCUUCGUCGGUGCGGAUCCUUUCGGACCACGGCAGGCUGAAACAUACAGCUUUUGCGACUUUUCCCAAUGAAAAUGCAGCUACUCAGGCUUUAUCAAAACUACAUCAGCUCAAUCUUCUAGGCCACACUCUUGUAGUUGAAUAUGCAAAGGAUCAAGAGAGUGGUUUUGCAAUUAGCGAACCUUCUGAAAAAGACAAAAGUCUUGAAGAGCCUGUCAAAGAAGAGAAGGGGCAAAAAGACCUAAGCUGUCUCAGAAUUGAAAGUGGAGUUGCUCCUAGCCAUGGGUUAACAUUCCCUAUAAAUUCGUGCCUCAAAUAUUUGUACCCCCCACCGUCCAGUACAAUCUUAGCCAACAUAGCAAAUGCUUUGGCAAGCGUUCCUAAAUUCUAUGUACAGGUUCUGCAUCUUAUGAACAAAAUGAAUCUUCCACCUCCUUUUGGACCAAUUACUGUACGGCCACCCAUGCACACAAAUAAUUUGCACCCAGCACUGACACCUUCAGAUGUGUUUGAGCAGCCACAAACAAUAGGAAUCAAGAAGAUUGAAUUUAACAUUUCUUCAGAGACGCCUACUAUUCUUCAGAAAAGCGUGGAAAAGGAGCACAAUGAUGACUCUUCCUCGGAAGCUGAUGAUAUAACUAAUGAAGGAUUUGGAAAAAUUUUCCCGGCUCUCAGUUCUAAUCAUAAAGAGGACACAGAAGAUGAAGAGGAUGAAAUUCCUUCAGAAUUUGUUUCUAAAAGAGUGUUAGAAAAAGGCAGAAUCUCAAAAAAAGAAAUGGAAACACUUUCUGUCUUCAAAAAUUACGACCCCGGAGAUCCAAACUGCAGAAUUUAUGUGAAGAAUUUAUCUAAACAAGUUCAAGAAAAGGAUUUGAAAUUUAUUUUUGGAAAAUACAUUGACUUUUCAUCAGAAACUGAACGAAUAAUCAAUUCGCUCGAUCAGCAAGACCGAAGCCAGAUGCCAAAGACAAGCGAAAACCUAGAGGGGAAAAAAACCUGAAAAAACAUUCCUGCGUAAAUACUGCAGUAAUACUGUGUCAUGAAAAGUGUAUCCUUUCUUGUUGUAUCCUUUUUGUGAAUCUUUUUUGGAAAAAAACCUUAUUUUCUAGCAUUGUAAUACAGGCUAAAAUAGUAAACCAUUCUUCUUUCAUUUAACAGGACACCCAUAGAGGUUUUUAGCCUUUAAAUGUGCCUUUUAAAAUCCCAAUUAUUAAUUAAAAUCCCAGGCCUUCAGUAAGUGCAAGGGCUCUGCUUACGUUGGUAGAGCUUAAAACGUUGUACUGUAUACUAACUGAUGGCCUGGACUCAAGUAACCACUGCACUAAAAUUACAGAGAGAAAAAUGAAGUCUUCUUAUGUAGUUAUAUGCUCGUUCUGAUCUACAACUCAGCUGUUACUAUCAUGUAUUUUAUUUAUUUAUUUAUUUGAUUUCUAUAGCCGCCCACCUCAGGAAGGUGGUUCCACCACAAAACCGCG